AUGGCAAUGCGUCAAAUUUUCACAAAAUUAUGGAAAAAUAUUAGUCCUGUAAUGUAUACAUCAGGUAUAUUAUUUGCACAUUGUACCUCAUUCGACAAGCCUAGUGAAAAUAAGAAGUUGAAACUAGACCCUCCAGACAUAAAAAAACUAACUCAUGAGUGUAUGAUAAAACAAUCUGCGUUGGAUGCUGCUAAUAGUGCAACCCAGGCAUUAACUGUCACAUAUAUGGCUAUAAUAGAUCUGAGCGUCGCAUACAGAAUAUUGUUGAACGAACUCAUUUCUCUUCUCGAAGAAACUAUAAUACACAACGUAAAUGAUGCACACUGGGAUAUGAUUGUGGAAGUACGAAAUGAAAUGCAAGACAAAAAAGAAAAGCUUACGCGCUUGGUUAUCUAUAUGGAUUAUGUGCAUAAAAUGGCAGUAGCUAGCGCAGAAUUAAGUUAUAUGUGCGAGAUGGAUAGUUUGACCAGUACACUUCAACAGAGGAUAGAGGAUGCGUUAAGUAAGGUAAAAAUGGAAACUGACAGCAAUACAGAAUUGGAACGAACAUACUGGCGUAUACAAGAACAGUGCAUCAAAGGUAGCAAAGAAAAUAUCAAGAAACAAUAAAUUUUUUAGGAAAGAGUCCAACAUUCUCUCUCAAAAUAUGUUUUAUUUGUUUCUUAAAAAAAUUAAAAAUAAUUAUGUAUCUAUAUUAAUAAACAA